AUGCAUACCGACAGAUCCAAGGUUCUUCUUUUCGGUAGUGGUGGAGUUGGCACGAUCGCAGCACUAAACCUCGAAGUCGGUGGUCACGCAGAAGUGACAGCUGUGUUGCGUUCGAACUACAAGGCUGUCAAAGAGAGGGGCUUCGAGAUUGCAUCUUGUGAUCACGGCACACUGAAAGGAUGGCGACCAACCGAGGUCGUGGACCAUGUACCUAAGGCUUCGGAGAAGCAAUUCGACUACAUUGUCUGCACAACCAAAAAUCAGCCAGAUUGCCCACCUGCUCUCACGGACCUCAUUGCUCCCGCUGUACAACCUGGCCGUACUGUGAUUGUGCUCAUCCAGAAUGGGCUCAACAUUGAGAAGCCAGUGUUCGAGGCAUUCCCAAACAACAUCGUUCUGUCUGGCGUAAGCAUGAUUGGAUCUCAUGAAACCGAACCUGGUGUGAUCGAGCACGAUGACAAUGAUCGAGUAUUGAUCGGGCCCUUCCACAACAAAAAUCUAUCCACAAAGGACGAGGAGGCUGCAGCGAGGGACUUUGUCCGGAUUUACUCUGCCGGUGGAAAGACCGAUUGUGAACUGCAACUGGAUGUCAACUUUGCAAGAUGGAGAAAGUUGGUGUAUAAUGCUUGUUUGAACUCAAUCUGUGCUCUCACUGGGCUUGACACUGGUCGUAUUCGACUUGCAGAUGGCGCCAUCGACGGACUGGUCAAACCUGCCAUGGAAGAGAUCAGAGCUGCAGCGAAAGCAGUGGGCGUGCACCUUCCUCCAGAUGUCUGCGAUUUCAUGAUCAACAUUGAUCCGUUGACUAUGUAUCUUCCUCCCAGCAUGCUGGGAGACAUCAGAAAGGGCAACUUCACCGAGUUUGAAAACAUUGUAGGAGAGCCAUUGAGGGUAGGUACUGCUCUGGGCGUCCCAAUGCCGACAUUACAGGUCCUCUACCAUCUCCUCCAAGCGAUCCAAUGGCGAACUAAAGAAGCUAGAGGCAGGGUGACGAUCCCACCAAAGGGCACUUUUGUCGCCGAAUAG